AUGUGCUAUUACUUAGGAAAUAUUUGGGCAUCCUGCCCUGAUGGCUAUCGUGAGUAUCGCUGCGAGUCUCCUUGCAAUUACGGCACUAUAAUGCAUCCUUGUGGAGUGUCUUCCCACCAGUUCAUCUACGUACAAUCGUUGGCCGAGUGUCCUUGUCCAAACUGCAGGUUUCGGAGAGGACCUGUUCCGUCAGUAGCCCAGGCAAUCUGGAUGAAGAUUCUGGAUCAAGUGACACUGAGGUUGGAAGUGAAGGAUUUAAUUGUGGAGAUGGAUGGGGUGGAGGCUGUGCAUGUGGAAGUGGAGGUUUUGGGGGUGCAGAACGCAGAGGCCCUGGUCGUAGGGGAGGAACUGAAAGGCGUGGAGUUGGAAGAGGUGGAAUUGGAAGGGGUAGACGCCGUGCAGGCAGACUCUCGUCCAAUCAAACCAGAUAGAAUCCAGGAAGUUCCGACUGACACAAUGAUGAUAAUGGGGGACGAACCAGUGGAUCUCACGCAGCUCACACGGUCCAGGGUCCAAGCAGGCAAACAAAUGGAUCCCAAAGCAGAUGCAGUACUAGAGGAUUAG